GAGAGAGAGAGAGAGAGAGAGAGCGCUAGUUGAGAAAAAAUAGAUGCCCUUCACGAUUUGAAGUAGCUAGAAUCCCAACUCCCAGGCAUAUAUCUUGCUGUUUCUGUUUUUCCUUGUUUUCGUUUCCAGAGCUGAAAAACAUAAAGGGAUCCCUGAAAAUAAAAGGCUCUUUUUUCGGUCGGAGAGGUUUUUCUUUUUCUCCCAUUUUUUUUUAUUUUUAAUUUUUAUCUUGGGUAUGUUUGGUGUGCGAGAUAUCUACUUUCUUCGGAACAACUGGUGAGUUAUUCAGAUUUCAAGAUUUUGUCCUUUUGGGUUCUUGAUCUGAGUGUGUGUGGAGAAAAAAGCUGCUUCCUUUUUUUGUUUCCCUUGCCCUUUUCCUUUUAUGCGUAGAAGACUCGUGUUUUGAUAUUUAUGGAGCAAGCAAUUGAAAGGUCUCCAAAUGCACAAAGGGGUUUCAGAGUUCAAGCUCCACUGGUCGACUCCGUGUCAUGCUAUUGCAAAGUUGACUCGGGCUUCAAAACAGUAGUCGGGGCCCGAAAAUUUGUCCCGGGCUCAAAAAUCUGCAUCCAGCCCGACAUCAACCCUCGGGCCCACAAGCCCAAAACCUCCCGUCGCGAACGAACCCGCAUCCAACCUCCCCUUCUCCCGGGCCUCCCCGAUGACCUGGCAAUCGCCUGCCUCAUCCGAGUGCCACGUGUCGACCACAACAAGCUCCGUUUAGUCUGCAAGCGCUGGUUCAAACUCCUUGCCGGAAACUUCUUCUAUUCCCUCCGCAAAACCCUUGGAAUGGCCGAAGAGUGGGUUUACGUAAUCAAACGAGACCGCGAUGGCCGAAUAUCAUGGCACGCGUUCGACCCAAUUUACCACAUGUGGCAGCCAUUGCCACCUGUCCCGCUCGAGUACAGCUCAGCGCUCGGCUUCGGGUGCGCUGUCCUCAGCGGCUGCCACUUGUACUUGUUCGGAGGAAAAGACCCUUUAAAGGGUUCCAUGAGAAGAGUCAUUUUUUACAGCGCGCGCACGAAUAAAUGGCAUCGAGCUCCGGAUAUGCUCAGAAGGCGCCAUUUUUUCGGCUCGUGUGUUAUUAAUAACUGUUUGUAUGUUGCGGGUGGAGAGUGUGAGGGGAUUCAGAGGACUUUACGUUCGGCGGAAGUUUAUGACCCGAAUAGAAACCGGUGGACUUUUAUAGCCGACAUGAGUACGGCUAUGGUGCCGUUUAUUGGGGUCGUUUAUGGCGGGAAAUGGUUCUUGAAAGGGCUAGGGGCCCACAGGGAGGUAUUGAGUGAGGCGUAUGCGCCGGAUAAUAACUCUUGGAGUGCGAUUAACGAUGGGAUGGUUUCUGGGUGGCGUAAUCCGAGUAUUUCUAUGAAUGGGAAGCUUUAUGCAUUGGAUUGUCGUGAUGGGUGUAAGUUGAGGGUUUAUGAGGAGAGUACCGAUUCUUGGAGUAGGUUUAUGGAUAGUAAAUUGCAUUUGGGGAAUUCGAGGGCUUUGGAAGCGGCGGCGCUAGUGACACUUAAUGGGAAGCUUUGUAUAAUUCGGAAUAAUAUGAGUAUAAGUAUUGUGGAUGUGUUGAGUAAUGAUAGGAGGGUGGAGACGAAUCCGGGUGUGUGGGAGAAUAUUGGGGGUAAGGGGCAUAUUCGGAAUUUGUUUACUAAUUUGUGGUCGAGUAUUGCUGGGAGGAGCGGGUUGAAGAGUCACAUUGUGCAUUGUCAGGUGCUACAAGCGUAAGAUAAAGAUUUUUUUUUUUUUUUUAUUUGUUGUUACUCUGUUGCUUGUGAUAUUAUCGACUAU